CCUGAGCAUCUUUUGCGAUCUACUUCAUUCAUCUGACUUUUUAUUUUUAAUUUUGCAAAAUUCUAUCGGAUAUGCACAGGAAAUUAUUAGGGGCCCUAAAACAUAUCUAAAGACGGAACCGUCACAGCAAACAACAGACCCCGGUUCGGAAGAGAGCCUGCAGCCGAGCUCUGAGUCCCGGCUCCCGGAUACGUGCCCCGACGCGCGAGCUGCUCCAGCACCGAACCCCCGCCGCGCGCCACCUCUGCCCUCCAAACCCAGCACGAUUCAGCGAGCAAAAGGUCAACCAGACAUGCCCUGUGUUCAGGCCCAGUAUGGCCCCGCCCCCCCAGGGUCCAGUUACUCUGCCCAGUCCUUCGUCUAUCCCGGCGAAUACCACGGUAGCGAGCUAAUGGCCCCGGACUACGCUAAAUGCGAUCUGGGUGGAGGGGAGAUCUCAGCAGCAGCAGCCACCACGUCACUGCCCAGUUUUAAUGUGUUCGUCGAGGGCGGCUUCGAGCCCAAGCCCUCGUGCUUGUAUCAGAUGUCUGCACCACAACGAUCCACUAUUAAGAAGGAAGAGGAGAGUUAUGCAUCGGUUGAUGAAGCCAUGGCCACCGGUUCCAUGUAUUUUAAGCAGUCUCCACCUUCGACUCCGCCCACACCACUCCACCCAGGCCCUGCUGGCACCUCUUUCCUGUGGGAGGAGCCUCACGGUCUACCUCUGGUGCCCCAAACAUGCUCACGCUUCACCCAUUUCUACGAUCAGACAGCACAGUCCGUGCCCACUUCCAGCAGCUAUGAGGCGCCCAUGGGCUUGCCGAUCCGGCCCGAGCGCUCGCCUUCAUCUUCUUCCUCGCACCCACCGCCCGGCCUGGAGCCGCACUCACAUGCACACUCGCACGUGUACCCACUGAGCGUGAGCAAACAAGGAGGCCUGGGCUUCCGUUCGCUGGGCAUGGGGCCUUGCCCACAGUCGCUCCUGGCAGAGAGCUUGCCAUCGCCACCUGGACGCGCCACCUCUGGGGAGGGCACGUGCGCCGUGUGUGGAGACAACGCCGCCUGCCAGCACUAUGGUGUUCGCACAUGCGAAGGCUGCAAGGGAUUCUUCAAGAGAACAGUGCAGAAGAAUGCAAAGUAUGUUUGUUUGGCCAGUAAAAACUGCCCAGUGGACAAAAGGAGACGAAACCGCUGUCAGUACUGCCGCUUCCAGAAAUGUCUCAGUGUGGGCAUGGUGAAGGAAGUGGUGCGCACAGAUAACCUGAAGGGGCGGCGAGGUCGUUUGCCAUCGAAGCCCAAGAGUCCUCUACAGCCUGAACCGUCUCCCCCUUCACCCCCUGUCAGCCUGCUCAACGCUCUCGUCCGCGCCUACUCCCAGUCCAUCCCCCGAGAGCUCGACUACAGCCAGUUCAGUGCGGUAGAGACAGGAACUUUAGCCGAAGCCCAGCAGAUUCAACUGUUCUAUCGCGUCCUCACCGGCUCCAUGGAGGUGACACGUCGCUGGGCCGAGCGGCUCCCAGGAUUCACCGAGCUCCACCAUGAUGACCAGAGUCUGCUCAUAGACUCAGCCUUCCUUGAGCUCUUCGUACUCCGCCUGGCCAACAGGUCAUUGUUGGCAGAGGAGAAGUUCGUAUUCUGUACAGGCCUGGUGCUUCACAGGCUGCAGUGUCUGCGAGGUUUCGGAGAAUGGCUCGACUCAAUCAGAGAUUUCAGCUCUCAUCUUCAGAGUCUCAGCCUGGACCUGCCCGCGUUCUCUUGCCUGUCGGCCCUGGUGCUGCUCACAGAACAAUGUCCCGGCCUCAGGGAGCCCAAGAAAGUGGAGGAGCUGCAGUCCAAGCUUGUCUGCUGCCUUCGAGACCACCUGAGCUCCGGCGGGGCCACAAGUGUAGCCGCAGCAGGCAAAGCCCCGCCCCCAGUGGCAGCCGUUCUGGGACUGAAGGCGGAGCUUAGGUCACAGCGCACUCAAGGCCUACAGAGGAUCUUCUACUUAAAGCUGGAGGACCUGGUCCCACCUCCUCCACUCAUUGACAGGUUCCUGGACACACUGCCCUACUAAUACAGACACGCCCCCACAAAGCUCACCUGGGCACGCCCACAAGCUGGGGACACAUCACAGAGGACAGAGCCAGAAGAGAGACUCACUGAACUUGAUUUUCUUUCAAGAUGCUCUAGAUGUACACUCUUUCCACCUCAGCUCUGUGUCUGAACGUGUGUGUGUGUGUGCAUGUGUGUGUGUGUGUGUGUGUGUGUGUGUGUGUGUGUGUGUGUGUGUGUGUGUGUGUGUAAAAGAGCGAGAAAUAAAUCAAGAGAUGGAAGGUUGGAAGUUUUCUAUUCAGUUAAAAAGCAGUCAGUAUGCUCUACAUACACUUACACACAGUUACACAUGAGACACAAAGGACAUGUGUGUGAGAGUGUAUAUGUGUCUCUGUGGAAAGCUUGAGGCAAAACAAAUCAACAGACAUCCAGACAAAGUGCAUUAAAUUCUAACCACCGACCGAAUCACACUCCCAAAACUGCAUACAAGUGCAAUUUACUAAGUGCUUUUUUUGAGGAAAAAAACAAAACAAAACGAUUAAACAGAAGAGUAGAAAAGAAAACGCAGGAGAGUGUGUGUGUUCCAUUUCUAUUUCAACUCUAAAUUAUUUUAAUACUACGACUCACCCUGUGAAGUAAUGAUAUCAAACCAGGCAGAUUUCUCACUCACCAGUCUGCUAACUAACUCUUGCAACUCUUGAGCAAGUUCUACAGACUUGAAAUUACUGUAGAGUUUUAUUUCUUUUUUUUCUGGUUUUUGCAAGCCAGGGAAUUUUAGGGUUAGGAGUGUAGAACUAAAAAGAGUGCAAGGAAGCAUUUGGGCUACAAGCACUUAAAAAAGGAAGAAAGGAGAGAGGGAUGGGGCAUGGA